GGUCCUGCCGGUUUCUUCUGCUCCGCGGCGAUGGCCCAUGGCGCGCCUCCUGGCCUCGGGGCGGCCCCUGCCCCUCGCGGCGGCGGCCGCCGCCGCGGCGCGGCGCCGGGGCCGGCGGCGGCUCGGGGCGGCCGCCGGAGGCGGCAGUGCCGACGCCUACGAGGCUGGCGCUCCUCCUGGGCAGGUCCUGGGCGUUCCGCGCGAUGCCUCCCCUGAGGACGUGAAGGCCGCCUAUGCGCCCGGGGAGGGGGGGGGGCCGUCCGCACCACGCGCGGAGGGAGGCGGAGAGGCGCUUCGCCGCCGUGGCGGGGGCCUACGAGGUGUUGUCCGAUCCAGAAGAGGCGCCGCUCCCUCGACAGCAGCUGCAGCCGAGGCACCGCGCGUGGCUUCGGUGGCGCCGGCGCCCCCCACGGCGGCAGCGGCUUCCCUGGCUUCCACGCCGGCGGCGCGCCUUCUCAGGCAGAGGCCAGGCGCCUCUUCAGGGACCUCUUCGACGGCGCCGCCUUGGGCCUCACGACGCACUGGCCCAGCUCUUCGCCAGCGGCGCCGCUGGCGCGCUCGAGGACGACUCCCGGUGGGCUCCGAGGUUCGGGUGCUCUCCGACCGCGCGGCCGUUCUCGGGGCGUGCCGCGCCUGCGGCCUCGACGCCUCCAGGGACGAGCUCCGGGUGCGGGCGCUGGGCAGGCCCGCCGUCGGGGUGGACGCCGGGGACCGCACGGCGAAGGUCCGCCUGGAUGGCGCCGCGGGCGACGUGUGGCUUGCCGCGCGCGCGCUGGUUGGGGUCGGGCGCCGCGGCGCAGCUGGCACGCCUCGAGGAGGCGCGGGCACGGUGCAGAUGAAGCAGGACGUUGUCAGCCUGCCAGACGGGCGCCGUGCCGUCCGGGUGACGCGCACUACGCGCGCGCACGACGGAGCCGUGUCGGAGGAGGUCACGGAGAUCCCGAUGGAGUGACGGCUGCUACUCUCCCCCCUUGUCACCCUCUCCUUCCCUCCCCCCUUCCCCCUCCCCUCCCAUCCCUCCUCUCCCGGCUGCCCCCCCCCGUCGGAGUGCUCCCGCGCAGAGCGCGGCCGCCCAUUCGGGGGGGCGGAGCCCGUGCUCCCUCGCCAGGGCCGCGCGCGGUCCCCUGGCGGCGCGGCCGCCGCUCUGCGGCGGCCGCGGGCUCCUCGGGGUCUUCCCGCCCGGCGCCGCCGCGGCGCACGGCCGCGAUGCCAAC